CAGUCAUCAUCACCACGAGUCACACCACAAACUACUUCGUUCGCUACAACAGGCAAUAUCUAUGCAUUAUACUCAGCGAAUCCGCCUUCUUAUGCCAUCUCGCAUGGUGUCGCAACUGUAAGAACGUCGCUCACGGACGGCUUUCUCCGAAGAGGGUCAUUGCGAGAACUCAAUCCAUCCAUCUCCUAUUAUCUCGUUGUUUGGCCUUCAAAGUUCCGACACGCCCAGAGACCUGGUGCUAUGAUGUGUCGUCCAUAUUGUGGGAAGCCGGUCUAGCAAGCUGACGGCGUUAUGCUUCCUAUCUUGCGGCGAUGGGCCUUUUACGCAGUCUUCACGUCCAUCUCUCUGUUCUUGCUUCUUCGUUUCAUUUACGCAACAGCACAGGCUGAUGGUGGUCCAGCCAUAUCACGCCUUCGAUGGCAGGAUGUCCCCGUACACUACCCUGUUGCAAACAUGACCGCGCUGCCAUCUGGUCCAUGCGUAGGGAUACCGAAAUUGCAGACACAUUACGUAUUUCGAUCGGCAAAAGAGCGCGUCGUACAGCAGGAACGUCUGGCGGCGGUCAAGGAGGCAUUCGUGCAUAGUUGGCAUGGCUACAAGCGCAAUGCUUGGUCGCAAGAUGAGGUAGCUCCGGUCUCUGGCAGAAUCCACAACAACUUCGGCGGCUGGGGUGCGACUCUUAUUGAUUCCCUGGACUCGCUUUGGAUACUGGGCUUGAAGGAAGAGUUCGCGGACGCGCUGACCCAGCUGCACAAGGUUGACUUCGGUACCACGGCCGCAGACGAACUGAAUGUGUUCGAGACAACCAUUCGCUACCUCGGAGGACUGAUAGCUGCAUACGACGUGAGCGAGCACCGUUACCAUAUACUCCUGGACAAGGCGGUCCAGGUUGGGGAGAUGCUUUACAAGGCUUUCGAUACACCGAACCACAUGCCUAUAACACGGUGGAACUGGCGGAGUGGCGCUCAGGGUGGCGCCCAGGAAGCCGCAAGCUUCUCAUUGCUUGCAGAGGUCGGAUCUUUCUCUUUGGAGUUUACACGCUUGUCUCAGCUUACCGGUGACUCUAAGUGGUAUGAUAUUGUAGCCCGCAUCACAGAUGCAUUCGAAGCUCAGCAGAACCACACCAAGAUUCCUGGCCUCUUUCCGUCGCAGCUUGAUACCCAACAUAUGGACUUCACGAGAGACAUCACGUUUACUUUCGGCGGUCAAGCGGACUCUGUGUACGAGUAUUUCUCCAAGCAGCACCUCCUCCUAGGUGGUCGAAACGAGCAGUACCGCACCCUCUAUUCCACAGCCCUAGCGUCCGCGAAGCAGCACCUCUUCUUUCGUCCCCUGAACCCCAACAAUUUAGACUUGCUGCUGUCCGGCACCCUGAAACGUUUUUCCGCCGGCCGUAUCACCCUCGUUACAGAAGCAGAGCAUUUGUCCUGCUUUGCUGGUGGCAUGGUGGCGUUAGCUGCUAAAGCAUUCCGGGAAGAACAAAACAUCGAGACGGCACGACAGUUGGUAGGUGGUUGUCUGUGGGCGUACGAGAGCAUGCCAAGCGGUAUCAUGCCUGAAGUAAUCCGCGUUGCGCCGUGUCAGGUUACGGAAGACGACGAUUGCACAUGGUCAGAAGAGCGGUGGUUCGACGCCGUUGCGGCGGACAGCACUGCUCAGAGCCCGCAGCAAACCAUCAAUGAUAAAGGCCUGGCACCCGGCUUCCUUGACGUACCCGACCCGAGGUAUCUACUCCGGCCUGAGGCAAUCGAGAGCUUAUUCGUGCUGUAUCGUAUUACUGGAGACGAGGCUCUCCGUGACAAGGCAUGGGUAAUGUUCCAGGCCAUCAGCAACGCCACAAGGACCGACAUCGCGUACGCCUCCAUCGAAGACGUACGAGCUUCAAAGUGGAGUGACGUAAGGUGGAUCGACUCCAUGGAGAGCUUCUGGCUCGGGGAAACGCUCAAGUACUUCUACCUCAUGUUCAGUGACCCGGAUGUCAUCAGCUUGGACGAAUACGUACUAACAACCGAGGCGCAUCCGCUGCUACGGCCAGCAUAAGUUUUGGUUCCAGAGUGCGUGACUGGUAUUCUACGACCACACCUCUGAUCGAGCAAGAAAUGCCCUACCGCGAGAGUGGGGCGCCAAGCCUCCCCUGAUCCUUUCAAGGUCCCGUUCCAGGCUCAUAUGUCGCCCCGCCUUAUAUGAAGCAUUCAAGCACCAUGAUGUCGCAAACUUUCGGAAUGCAAUCGACAGUGGCGAAGACGCAGCCAUAGAUCGAUUGACUGACAAUCGGUUGCGAACGCCGGCUCCAUCGCGCAGACCAAGGCCAUGUCGAAUGCUCGCGUGCGCCAUUCUCAUGUAUAUGUGCUCAAGGAUGAGAAUCCGAGACAGCGACAGCGAACCGUCCCAAUGGAGGCCCUGUCGCUGGGUUACUCGCGAACAGGCACGAUGA